CCUUUCUACCUGUGUAGUGGCUAAAGAUGGCUGAAGCUCCUCCAUGGCCCAGCCGGUUCUUCUGUCACAGAUGCUCAGUAGAGAUUAGUCCUCGGCUUCCCGAUUACACAUGUCCAAGGUGUGAUUCAGGGUUUAUUGAGGAGCUGCUGGAGGAGAGAAGUGCUGACAAUGGCUCCAUGUCUACCAUCUCCAGCGGGCCCCAGAACCAGCAACCAUUUGAGAAUGCGGACCAGCACUUGUUUACAUUCCCUUCGGGCUAUGGCCAGUUUACCCUGGGUGUCUUUGAUGACCGCUUUGACUUCGGGGCGGGACUGGGAGCAGAGGACAACAGGGAUGCUGAAAACAGGCGGGAAAGGGAAAAUGCAUCACGACAGCGAUACGGUGCCAGGCAACCGAGAAGUCGUCAUGGUUCAAGACGACAAGCUGGGAGGCAUGAGGGAGUUCCCACUUUAGAGGGAAUCAUUCAGCAACUAGUGAAUGGAAUAAUUGCACCUACUGCAAUGCCAAAUAUUGGUGUUGGACCUUGGGGUGUUCUUCAUUCAAAUCCUAUGGAUUAUGCCUGGGGUGCUAAUGGACUAGACGCAAUUAUAACUCAGUUAUUAAACCAGUUUGAGAACACGGGGCCUCCGCCUGCUGAUAGGGAUAAAAUAAAAAGUCUUCCUACAGUACAAAUUACAGAUGAGCAUGUUGCUUCUGGACUGGAAUGCCCAGUGUGUAAAGAAGAUUACAGCGUUGGAGAAAAUGUGAGGCAGCUCCCAUGCAAUCACAUGUUCCACAAUGAUUGCAUAGUCCCCUGGCUGGAGCAGCACGACACUUGUCCAGUGUGCAGGAAAAGCUUGAGUGGUCAGAACACAGCAACGAACCCUCCAGAACUAUCAGGGAUGAACUUUACCUCCUCCUCUUCCUCCUCAUCCUCCUCCUCCUCUUCAUCUUCCUCUACCCCUCAGUCCUCAAGUUCGACCAGCAAUGAGAACUCCACCGAUAACUCAUAGAGAACCAUUUGUCCUUAUCACCCUAUGAGCUGUUUAUAGCUCCGAGGCUGCUGUACUUCAGAGCGGUGACCUCCAGUCUCUCCCUGCUGUAGGGUAGAGACCUGAAUGCAUCUCGCCAGGAGCACUCGAGCCUGAUUCAGGGGUAAGUGAUACGUGAGGUCCGUGUAUUUCUGCCCGACCUGUUGCUCCCACCUUCACGAGGAAUCUGAACAAAGGAAGGGGCGGAGGCCUCGACUGCAGCUUCUGUCAGGGAGGAUGUGUGGAAAAGCACGUAAACUUCAAAAGGCUCGAUCUGCCUCAGUCACUUCAUACGCGAAGAGAACACAGAGGAAUCCAAAGGUAGAAGACUCGCGACAACAAGACAGUUGCUGUUCUUUUUUUUUUUUAAUCUCCAGCCUUGUAUGAUUUAAAAUGAUCCACUUUUGCCAAUGAAGCAAAAAGAAAUGUACAGUUAUUCCUUUUAUAAGUGGCAUUCAUAUCUCACAGAUAGAAUGACUCAAAGUGCACUGGAGUGCACUGUUAAAGUGUGCACUUAAGCUUCUCGUGGUUUGGAAGGAUAUUACAUUCAAUCCCUUUAGCUCUCAAAACAAAACGACAGUUUAUGAAAUAAUUUUAUCAUCAAGAUCCUGUCACAGUUUUAAGAUUACCUGAUGACACAGGUACCAUUGUUUGCACUUGAAAUUAUGCAGAAUUGCAUUUUUUUUGUGCUGUUUGGAUACUGAUGUGGAUAAUCAGUGCUAAAUUACACACAUAAGGAUUUAUUUAAUUUCAUCUUCAACCUACGAUGUGGAUCAGCUUAUAACAUAAAACUGCAUUUGUGCAUUUUAACUUUAAGGUAAAUUAAACAUUUUUAAAAGUUGCCAGUUGACAAAAAUAUUGAUUUGCAGUAUGAUUGUGUCCAAAAAUAUGAACUGCUAUGAAAAUAAAGAUGUGUCAGUGCUACCAUUCAAAACUCUUGUAAAGCAUUCGCAGUGUGUGUAUGUAUGAUAUUCUUUGAAAGUCUAAUCAUGAGCAACAGUCGUCAUGAAAUUGAGUUAGAUACAGUGGUGAAAUUGAGCUUGUUUCAAGAACUGACAGUAACUGCAAACAAAUGUGUUUUAAUUGUAUGUAAACAACCACUGGGGCAAAGUCUGUGUUCUUUUUCUGCACUUACUGUGUGGUGCUGUGGUUGAACACGAGAUGGGAGUGAAGUAAAUCAAGCAGGACAUUUUCCAGAAUUUCCUCAUUGGUGCAGCAUAUAAGCUAUUAUUGAACAAAAAAAAGUCACUUGUUUGUCCUAAAAAAAAAACCAAAUAAAUAAAAUAGUAGUAUGGUAAACAUUUUUUCAAUGGUCAAGUUCUGAGCUAUGCCGGUCUGAAUUAUUUGUCCCUUUAAUGACACUGUGCAGGUUCUGAGAACCAAACAAGCAUCAACCAGGGAACAAUAACAUGAGGCAGAACCGCUGGAAGUGAUUUCAAUGCAUAAUGCAGUUUUGAGAUUGUUUUGUACUUUCAAAGUAAGGCCUGAUGUGCAGAUAGUAAACAGAAUUCAUAUUAUGUCUUUCAACGGGGUACUUGCCUGUUAAAUAUUAUCAAUAAGCCAAUAAAUUCU